ACGUUUGACAGAACAGCAACUUUGUCAGUAGUAGUGGAUCUUUCCUUGGCACACCAGCUGUCUCUAUCACCAAGCUUUCUAAUUUCCGUCAGCAAUCCACUCAGAUCUCUCACUAAUAUUCCGUGUUUGACCGGCAAACCUCUCCUUCCUCGAAGAGCUAGGGUUUUGAUCUUUUUCUGGUUCUAACUUCUCCGCACUCUACACUACAUUCCCACCCUUUUAACGCCUCGAUCGUUCUUAUUCCGAUUUCACUAUUCUACCUUCAACCUAACUACGAUCUGCGAUGUGAUUUAUUGAAUAGGCUCGAUCUCCGCGACCAGUACUUUUGGAUUCAUAGCAAUCUUUGGUUAGCUUGUUUUGGUGUGGGUUUGUCUUUGUUGACUCAGAAAAUGGUGGGUUCUGAAAGUCCCAACGGUUCUUCGCCACAGCCGGCGAGGAAGUACGGUAUCACAAAGCCAAUCUCUCUUGCAGGGCCCACCGAAGCCGAUCUUCACCGCAAUAUGGAAUUGGAAAAGUUCUUGAUUGAUUCGGGACUAUAUGAGAGUGAGGAAGAAGCUUCGAGGAGAAAAGAGGUUCUGAACCGCAUUGAUGAGAUUGUAAAAGGUUGGGUCAAGCAAUUAACCCACCUGAGGGGCUACACAGAUCAGAUGGUGGAGGACGCAACUGCUGUCAUUCUUACUUUUGGUUCCUAUCGACUGGGGGUACAUGGGCCUGCGUCUGACAUCGACGCAUUGUGUGUUGGGCCAUCUUAUGUUAAUCGAGAUGAAGAUUUUUUUAUGGUUUUGCAUGAUACUCUGGCUGAAAUGGAAGAAGUUACGGAGCUUCAGCCAGUUCCAGAUGCUCACGUCCCAGUAAUGAAAUUCAAAUUUCUAGGGAUAUCAAUUGAUCUUCUCUAUGCAAGUAUAUCUCUUUUGGUUGUUCCAGAAGACCUGGACAUCUCACAUGGGUCUGUUCUGUACAAUGUUGACGAGCCAACUGUUCGAAGCCUUAAUGGCUGCCGGGUUGCAGACCAAAUUCUUAAACUUGUUCCAAAUGUUGAGCACUUCCGCAUGACACUCAGAUGUUUGAAGUUUUGGGCUAAAAUACGAGGUGUUUAUUCCAAUGUUACUGGAUUCCUUGGUGGUGUAAAUUGGGCCCUUUUGGUUGCUAGGGUAUGUCAGCUUUACCCCAAUGCAAUUCCUAGUAUGCUGGUUUCUCGAUUCUUCAGAGUUUAUACACAAUGGCGUUGGCCAAAUCCUGUGAUGUUAUGCCCAAUAGAAGAGAAUGAACUUGGGUUUCCAGUAUGGCAUCCUCGCAGAAACCCUAAGGACCGGCGUCAUCACAUGCCAAUAAUAACUCCUUCCUACCCUUGUAUGAAUUCUAGCUACAAUGUCUCAGCAAGUACUCUUCGUGUUAUGGUGGAGCAGUUCCACCAUGGUCAUAGCAUCUGUGAGGAGAUUGAGCUGAACAAAGGCCAGUGGAGUGCACUAUUUGAGCCCUAUCUAUUUUUUGAGGCAUACAAAAACUAUUUACAAGUGGAUAUAAUUGCAGCUGAUUCUGAUAAUCUGCUUGCUUGGAAGGGAUGGGUGGAGUCUCGACUUAGACAGCUUACCCUGAAGAUAGAGAGGGAUACAAAUGGGAUGCUGCAAUGCCAUCCUUUUCCGAAUGAAUAUGUAGACACGUCAAAACCAUGUUCUCAUUGUGCUUUCUUCAUGGGCUUGCAGAGGAAAGAGGGAGUUAGAGGUCAAGAAGGCCAGCAAUUUGAUAUACGUGGAACAGUUGAUGAGUUUAGGCAAGAGAUCAAUAUGUACAUGUUUUGGAAACCAGGAAUGGAUAUUUUUGUUUCUCAUGUCCGUCGAAAGCAGCUUCCUGCUUUUGUUUUCCCUGAUGGUUAUAAACGUUCUCGAUUGUCUAGGCACGUAAGCCGGCAGGCUGAAAAAACUUGUGAAGAUGCUGUGGGGUGCUGGCCUGGCUCUACUGAAAGGCCUCUCAAGAGGAAAAGUGAUCCUGGAAUGGUGGAUGUGAGGCCGGAUAAACCAGAUAAGCGAGUUUCUAUUAGCACGGAACUGCUGGAGUCUGUUUCUAGGUCUGGUGGAUUAUCUCAGGUCAGCUUCAGUGAAGGGGUUAGAUUAGAGUGUGUAGCAACUGGGGAUGUCGAUAGCAAAUCUAAAAUUAGGUUAUUUGAUGGACAGUUAAGGAGUUAACAGGGUAUAGUACAAAAUCAUAUAGAGAAUGGUGAAACUGAUAUUGGUGACCCUGUCAACUUAACUAAGCAAACUUUUGUGAGUAAGAAUUUUCCAGAAGUUAUAAAUGAGGCAAUGCUAACUGAAGCAGUGGAUAAAACUUAACUCAGGAAGGAGUCGUCCACUUCAUCUGAAGUAACUAGUUCUGUUGGGGAAACUUGUCAGAUUGGACUGAACGGGGGAAAAGUUGGGGUAGCUUACAUGUAACUGAAAUAUUGGAGAAACCUUCACCAAGGAAGGACUGGCUUGCUUAAUCUGAAGUACCUAAACGCUAUAAUUCGUAAAACAUGUCAAAUUGAAUUGAACAGGGACAAAGUUGGGAUAGCUUAUGUGGAGAGCAUGGAGUGGAACUUUUAGGAAACUGCUGAAUUGGGCUGAAGAUACCGACCAAGAAAUAGUCAAACCAUAUAAUCAAACAAUGGAAAAAGAAAUGCUGAAAGUGUAUUCAACUGAGUGAAACAUUCAGAAACUCAGUUUCAGAGUGACUUUUAGGCCUCAUACUGGAUGGCCAUGUGAAAAUUGGAAGUUCUGGAGAUGCAUGUACAGGAUCUUUGCAGGGUGAUGUAUGUGUGAGAGAUCCUGAUUUGCUUUUUGGAAAUGGGUUUUUCAAUGCGGGUGGCGUAUUUUAAAAAGGAUUUUGGAGGUUCUGAAAAACUUUCUGAAAUUAUUUUAUUUAGUCCCCCCUUCCUCCCCAACCCAAAAAAAAAAAAAAUCCUCCCUCUGCAUUCAACGAUAGCAAUACUCAGAACCUCAGUUUUGGGGUGAGUUUUAGUCAUUGUACAGGAUGGCAAUGCAUAAAAUUGGAAGUUCUGGAGAUAAGUGUGUCAGGGACCUUUACAGGGUGAUAUAUGGGCGGGAGAUCCUUAUUUGCUUUGGGAAAAAGGGUGUUUCAAUGCAAGUGGAGUAUUCCAAAAAGGCUUUUCUGAAGAUAUGGAGGUUCUGAAUCUAACCUUUCUGAUCUUUAUUGAUUUACUCUCUCGCUCUCUCCCAUUAAAUCUCUCCUUUUGUCUGACCUGUUUGUAGGUUCCAAAUCCAUUCUCUUUUAUAUACUGUUAUGGAUUUUUUUCCCCCUCUCUUCCAUUCAUAUCUCUCUGUGGCCGGGCCAUUGUGAGAUAGCAAGCUUUUUUUUAGGUUUUUGUUUUGUUCUCCUUUAUAUGCUUGUUAUUAUUUUUAUGGAAUUUCAUUGGUUUUUAUUUCUACAAUUAUUGGAUAAUGAUAAAUUGAACGGACAGUCUCCUAACUAGUGCAUACAUGGUGGCAGGUCCUGUACCACCACCAUACGUUAUGCUUCCAGUUACUGUGAAAAUAACCUAACUAUGUACUGUCUAGGGCUCAGAUACAUGACUCCACCUCAUGUUUCUCGUUUCUAAAAUCUCUUGGGAGCCUAACUUCUUUUACUGCUGGUUUUGUCUUCUAUAGUUGGACUAUUGCGCUUGGGACUGUAGUAAAUUCGGAAGAUGGGCCUGGUCAGAAUCUAUGCAAGAGCCAGUGAUAAGGCAUGCUUUUUUCAAAUUUCAGUUUUUUGUGAAAAUCAUUGUAUCUUUAUACCGUGCUUUUCCUGUAUAUGGCUCUUGUAUGACAGAUUAAGUCUCAAGUCAGUUGUACUUUAUAAUGCCCGGGAGGUGACCAUACUUUAAACCGGGAGUCUUCUAUGAAAGGAGAGAGCCAGCACCUUGGUAAGUGGCACAUCCAUUGCUGGCUUUCAUUAUGGUUUUUUCCAGGUGCACAUUGUGUGCCAUCUUGUGAGCUAAGGUCAAUGGUCAUCUUACAAGAUGUGCUGCUAAACAUCGUUGAAGCUGAGAGCACCGCAGCAGGGUAUUAUAGUACAUCGUCCGGUGUCUGCUGGUGCUUUGAAGACUGGUUAGCAUUUAACUAGGGCCAAUGUUUCUUCGAAAGGACAAAAGAAAAAGUUUUAGGGUUGUUUGCUCUCUCUCUCUCUCUCUCUCUCUAGGUUUUGUAACUCUCCAUAGACUGUUGUAGGUUGUAGGCUUUACUGCCCGUAAUAGAUCUCAAACGUUGUAGUUCA